CAAUGAGUGCCCAGCAUUGGCUUGUAAGCCGGGCAGUGAGAAGGCGUGUCGACCAGUUGUCAAUACAAAAUCGGACGAGAGAUCCCCAAUUUCAGUUCUCCAGCCAUAGCAGAAGCACAUCUUUGUAGAAUUAUCGUCUGAAAAGGGAUUUCCCCCACUGAACAAUUUUCCAGCGGUAGAAAUUCAAGAACUUGUUGCAGAAUGAAUCCCCGACUAGUUGCAUCCCUCCUGAUGGUCUGUGUGACCGUGACGGUGUGGUGUCCCCAGUCCGUGUCCGCCGUACACGCCUGCACGUCCGACGGAGACUCGGCCAAGUGCGAGUGUCCCCACCAGUUCGGAACCAUCGACUGUAGCGACAAAAGUCUGACUGAAGUCCCCGACCAAGUCCCUUCGACCGCCGGCUACCUCGACCUCAGCUUCAACGCCAUCUCCACUCUCCGUACGAACCAGUUCGCCCGCGGUAACUUCACCCGCAUGUGGGGGCUACAGCUGGGCAACAACCAGAUCGCUUCGGUGGAGGACGGCGCCUUCAACAACAUCGGCGACCUGAACCACCUGCGUCUGGACAACAACCAGAUGACGGUGGUCACAGCCGGUAUGUUCCAGGGCCUGGGUACCGUCACCCACCUGUCUAUGGACUACAACCAGAUCCACACCAUCGAAGAAGGCGCGUUUGCCGUCUUCGAGAAGCUGUACGUCCUCAGCAUCCAGGGCAACCAGCUGGCGACGUUGACGGCUACGAUGUUCCAGGGCGUCACCCUGCCCGAGUACGGCUCCCAGUUCAACUUCCGUUACAACCGCAUCGACACCAUCCAGAGCGGCGCGCUGGCAUCCCUGCGGAGUCUGGAGGAACUGCACCUCACGGGAAACAAGCUGCAGACCGUCGAGGAAGGCUCGUUGGACGGCUUGAACAACUUGGAGUCCCUGUACAUCAGCGAGAACCCCCUCCAGACCAUCAAGGAGAACAGCCUGAAGGACCUGAAGAAGGUCCGUAGCCUCAGCAUCCAGUUCACCAACAUGACAAAGCUUGAGGCCAACGCGUUUGCAGGCAUGGAGAGCCUGGAGUCACUAGAUCUCCAACACAACAAGAUUGACGACGUCGCCCCCAACACUCUCCAGGCCGUCCCUACCCUCAAGGUCCUCACCCUGCGUUACAACAACCUGACGGCCGUCAAGAGUGGAGUCUUCCAGAAUGCCCCUCACCUGCAGCAGCUGGACCUGUCCCACAACCCCAUCAGCCAGGUGGAACGUAACAGCUUCCGGGCGCUCCCGACUCUCUCCACCCUUCACCUGGACCACACCCAGCUGUCCGCCAUCGACCCAGAGGCCUUCGUUGGAGGAGACUUCGGCAGCGUCUACAUCGACCUGUCCUACAACAAGAUGACCACCAUGCCUGUCCCCGUGUGCCGCGAGCUCUUGAACCUCGGCCAGGUUGAUCUGCACGGCAACCCCUUCAGCUGCGACUGCCGGAUGACGGAAUUGUUGAGCGGAUGCCGCAGGCUCGUCACCGGUCUGAACUCCCAGGUCCAGUGCCACGGACCCCAGCCCCUCGCCGGCCGGCCUAUGAAAGACGUCACCGCCGAUCUUCUCGUCUGCAGCCCUCCCAGCAUCACCGAGGCCCACAACAUGGCCAAGACCACCGUUGGAGACGUCUUCGCUCUGCCCUGCGGCUCUACCGGUUCUCCUCAGCCGAUCGUCGAGUGGACCCUGCCCUCCAGCAUGAAGCUGCGACAAGGCGAGCAGAGCGAGCGGUUCUCCGUCGGCACCGACGGCACCCUGACCAUCAACACGGUGGUGGCAGCCGACGGCGGCUCCUACAAGUGCACGGCCAUGAACACUGAAGGGUCCGAGCUUGCCAUCUCCCGUCUGGAAGUCUCCAUGUCUGGUGACUCCCCCUCUGCUCCUGAAGGCAACUCCACAGCGAUCCAUCUCCCAGAAGAGCCGUCCAACCCGAUCCAGCUCGCCCUGGUCGUCACCCUGUGCGUGAUUCUCGGCGUACUGUUGGUCCUGCAGACCGUGUACGUGUGGCUGUGGCGCGAGCGCAGGCGGUGCCGCAGCCAGAAGGCGCGCACCAACGACGUCGACCGCCGGGGCCUCAUUCCUCUGGCCGACGCCAACCAGCUCGAGGACGGUAGGCUAGUAUACACGGACACAAACGGUGACAUAGCGUACACACCCAGAGGAAAGGACUCCGCCGCGUGAUACGUCACCGUAGCUAGGUCUUAGAUAGCGCUUUUUUCUGUAAAUUAAGAAAAAAAAAGGGGAAAAAUUGUUAUUUAAUUUGUACCUGUGGAAUUUGUUGUAUCACAAUGCAAAUGCAAUGACUUGUUUUGUUUUUGUCACUAUCAUACACGAGCAAGAACUGUUAGCGGGAGCUGUCUAUAGAGUCGUGGAGCUUUGGAAGUGAUAUUUUUAAAAUCCUUGUCACUGCCUUGUAUAUACAGAUGAUUUAAUAUGGCAGCUUGCACUUGUGCUGCUUCUCAACAUAACUAAUUAAUCUAUGGGCUACAAAGAAAAAUGUUAAUUCUUUCUUGUACCCAGAGAAUUCUUUAUGAUCGCCUGACUUUCAGAAAAAAAGAGCGUCUCAAUUUUGUACAUAUUUUCUGUAAAUUAUGUGACAUAGUUUAGUUAGUGAGUCAAUCUUUGCCAUUGUUAUAGUAAGAUUACUAAAUUAAGUUUUCCUCUCCUUUGAAAGAGCUGACAUAUGUUGCCUGGUCUUAUUUCUCAUGUUGAAAAAGCGUAGGAGGACCCUUUAUCAUAAAAAAACUUGCAUAAUAUUGAACAUUCCUUGGCAUUUUACUGUAUAAUAAUGCAGUUUUGAGCAUAACUGAUGUAACAACAAGCAGCAACAUGGCCAGCUCUCUUCAUUGUAUGCACUUUGUCAAAGGCAGCUGUUGAAGGUCUAGAGUGGCUGGGUGGGACGUUUCUAUGUUCGAUGGUGUUUAAAAUUGUGCUUUAUAGCACAACUGUACAUGGGGAGAACAAAGAAAGGAACAAUUGAUUAUCGAGAAUGGAAGAUAUAUAACGAUGGGUAAAAUGAGAAGCAGUGAAAACAAAUACCAGUGAAAGACAUCAAUGCAGUAAUACAGAAUCAAAUGUGUAUUAAGACAGGAAAUGUGUGAGAGAUACACUUGUACAUUGAAGAAGAUACUUUGGGCCUCACCUCAAGUACAUGAAGUAAGCCAACCAUGUUGUGAUGUUUUAACUGGUUUAUUUAAAUUUGGGUACACUUUUGUUACAUUUUGCAGUAUGGGAGGAAUUGUUGUGAUGCACCAUUCACUUUUCUGUUUUACUUGUAUGAGCUGAGAGUUUUCCAUUUGUUGCAACUUUUUCUAGGUCGAAGUGGAGCUUUUUUUGCAAUGCAAUACAAAAUGUACAUCUAUUUUUUUUGCUUGAAUGUGUAUGUUUUUAUGCUUGUAUCUUAUUCUUAAUGAGUUUGUCAAACAUGACCACACUACAACUGUAUUUUUUUGAGUGGAAAAUAUUUGGAACAUGUUAUUGUUUUCAAUAUUGGCAAUGUUUGACAUAAUUGAGUCAGGUAUAUGUUCAGCUUUGGAGCACUUGUAUAUGAUAUAUUAUCAUGACACAACUUGUAAAUAGAUGUUAGGUGGCAUUAGAGAGUCUUCAAUGUUCGUGCACUGUUGCGUUUCAGUGCAAUAUAAAAUCUCAAACUUAUGUUGCUCAGAAUAUGCUACUUUGUGAAUAUGUUUGUUGUUUGUAUAAUUUAUUUAUAAUGGACUUUACUAAAUAUGAAUGAAAAAUGAAGCUUCUUGUGGUCCACUGUAAAGUGAGUAAAAACAGCAGCUUUUGCUAUAUUAGCAUUUUUGUAGAAAAAUAAACAAUUGAAAAUGA